CUCUCUGACAACACCCGAAGCCGUCGCGUGGAAUUUCUUGUGAGCGAAGGAAAAACUCCAGACUCGGCUAGACCUGUACGGCUGUACGUAACGGAGAAGCAUAAAUCUGAGUAUGAAGGCACUCAUUCUUGGAGGAUAUAGCGCUCGGAUGCAACCAUCACUCACUUUCACCAUCCCAAAACCACUCAUUGAAUUUGCAAGUAAACCUAUUAUUUUGUAUCAGAUUGAGGCUCUUGAGGCUGUUGGAGUGACUGAAGUGAUCGUGGCUGUGAACUACCAGGCACAGGUAAUGCAGAACUUCUUGAAAGAACAUGAAACAAGGCUCAGAAUCAAGAUUUCACUCUCAAUAGAGACCGAGCCACUUGGGACUGCUGGCCCCCUUGCUUUGGCUAGGGACAAACUGAUAGAUGGUUCUGGGGAACCAUUUUUUGUGCUAAAUGGUGAUGUUUUCUGUGAAUAUCCUUUCAAAGAGAUGAUCACAUUUCACAAAUCCCAUGCCGGAGAGGCUUCUAUACUGAUAACCAAGAACAAUUUUGAGCCGGACGACGAACUUUUACCAUAUGCUGCCAUUGGCCUGGAAAAAUCCAGUGGGAAAGUAACGAGUUUCGUAGAGAAGCCAGAAAGCGGAAACGAGAUGUUUAAGAGAAUAAGCACCGGGAUUUACCUGCUCAACCCUUCAAUUCUGGACGGAAUAAUCGAGGUGAAACGGACGUGGCUUGAGAAACAAGUGUUCCCCAGACUUGUAGCCGACGGGAAAGUGUUCGGCGUGUGGCUGAAAGGGUUGUUUUGGUUGGACGCGUGGUUGAUGAUAGACCAGCAAAAGUAUUACAUGAAUGGGCUGGUAAACCACUUGCACGAUUUGAGGAAGAGAUGCCCGCAGAAACUGGCCUCCGGCGCUCACAUCGUGGGCGAUGUGGUGGUGGAUGAGACGGCGGAGAUCGGAGAGGGAUGCGUGAUCGGACCGAAUGUCGCCAUUGGGCCGGGCUGCGUCAUCGAGGCUGGGGUUAAGAUCUCGAGUAGCGCCAUCAUGCAUGGGACACGCAUCAAGAAGGGGGCUUCCGUUACAUAUAGCAUUAUCGGUUGGCGUUCCAGUGUUGGGCAAUUGGCUAAGGUGGAGAAAACCACCAUGUUUGCAACCAAUUUUACAGCCGGAGGUUUAGUUAUUAGCUAGGUAGAACCGUAGAAAACGAAGAAUCAAAUUAUUGCAGCAAUUUUAAUUUAGACCAUUAUUAUUAGAAAAAUCAAAGUCAUCAACCACAUUCAUUUCUUUUUUUAA